CGCGUACAGCCGCCCAGCCACCCGCGAGGUCCUAUCACCCGCCGACCGAUGCCAGUCCAGGGCUGAGAGGGAUAUAAAAAACACUCUCAAACCAAAAGCACCUCGUCCUCCUGGUACCGUCUUGUUUCAGCGGCGUGAGGCGGAAACACAGCGCAACGAGCAUGUCGGUCUUAGCGCUGCAAGAAUAUGAAUUUGAGAGACAGUUUAACGAGGAAGAAGCCAUCCGGUGGAUGCAGGAGAACUGGAAGAAGUCCUUUCUGUUCUCUGCUCUCUACGCCGCCUGUAUUUUGGGGGGCCGCCAUGUUAUGAAACAAAGGGAGAAGUUUGAGUUGAGGAAACCACUGGUGCUGUGGUCACUCACACUCGCUGCAUUCAGUAUAUUUGGUGCCAUACGUACUGGGAGCUACAUGAUGUACAUCCUGAUGACAAAAGGGCUUAAGCAGUCAGUUUGUGACCAGAGCUUUUACAACGGACCAGUCAGCAAGUUCUGGGCCUACGCUUUUGUUCUUAGUAAAGCACCUGAACUAGGCGACACCCUCUUCAUCGUCCUGAGGAAACAGAAGCUCAUCUUCCUGCACUGGUACCACCACAUCACCGUGCUGCUCUACUCCUGGUACUCGUACAAGGACAUGGUGGCCGGCGGCGGCUGGUUCAUGACCAUGAACUACUUGGUCCACGCCGUCAUGUACUCUUACUACGCCCUGCGGGCCGCCGGCUUCAAGCUGUCGCGCAACUUUGCCAUGUUCAUCACGCUGACGCAGAUCACCCAGAUGCUGAUGGGCUGCGUGGUCAACUACCUGGUGUACUCGUGGAUGCAGCAGGGCCAGGAGUGUCCAUCCCACAUGCAGAACAUUGUGUGGUCGUCCCUCAUGUACCUCAGCUACUUUGUGCUCUUUGUCCAGUUCUUCUUCGAGGCCUACUUCGGCAAGUCCAAAUCGUCGGCUCUGGCUGCCAGUAAGAAAAGCGGGUAGAAGAAUAUUAAAAAGCAAUGAGACGAAGGGAAGACGAUUGCAGAAAAAAAUUUAAA